AUGGCUUCCAAUCGCGCUCGAGUGCCCGACCAGGCCUCUCCAAUCUACCGUCUGGCGAUCAAGCCUCUCUUCGACAGCCUCCCACCUCGCGACAAGCUCUACGCUCACUAUCUCUCGCAAGCAGCCUGGAAAGGAGCACGCAUCAUCCUGCGCCAAACCUCUUUAGAAUCCGAAGCCAUCUUCAACUUCAUCAUAGAGGCCUAUCGUGCAUGCGAGGGCGAGUGGAGCCAGUUCGAGGAAGUAUGCGCGGUAACCGGCGAUGAAGUCAAGGCCUUUUUGAGCUAUGCUGGACUAUUCCUGUACAAUCUCGGGAACUUCUAUGGUGAGGGAGGCCAGAAGUUUGUGCCUGAUCUUCGCAAAGAGUCUCUGGAGAAAAUCGUGGGAUGCGUGGGUAUGACAGGAUCUGCUGCUGAGAACUUAGUUGAGGGUAUGACUGCAGUAACUCCGCAGAACACAGGAUAUCCAAGCGAUACUGCUGUUUCGAGCUACUACCUGGGCGACCGCAUUAUGCGCACAGAGAUCAAGGAAGUACAGCUAUUCAUGCAGGAACAAGGCGUUGAGCCAGAGAAUACGCGAGUGCGAAAGACGAUCCAUAACGGGAACGCCAUCUUCGACAUUCUCCAGGCCUCGACUCAGACUGGCAGCGGCAAGCUUACUACAGCUACACAACUUGGUGGCCCGAGAUUCAGACGCAUGAAAGGGGAUCAUCAGGACGAGAUCUCUACUAUCUCCGCACACUUCAACACCGGAGAUCUCCGAGAAUAUCGACGAGGCCAGGAGAUCUGGGUCAAAGACAAAUCCCCAUCAAUCGAACACAUUCUCGGCUUCGUUGAAACCUAUCGCGAUCCCCAUGGCGUACGAGCGGAGUGGGAGGGCGUGGUGUGUAUCGCAGACCCAGAAGAAACAAAGAAGAUGGAAAUCUUCGUGGCUAGUGCAGCGAAGUUCUGUACAUUGUUACCUUGGGCGACGGCGGAGAACGAGGGCAAGGGCUUAUUCGAGAAGGAUGUGGUUACCAUACCCCAAUGUGCUAUUGUGCAUGCGCUAACAGUCUGCUGCCCGUAUGUUUGGGAAGCGUCAAAUCUCCCCAACUACAACGACAUCCGCGAGAAUCACGGCUCAAAGAACAUCAUCAUUGCUAACCGAAUGAGCGCGAAUCGCAACUCUUCCGGCGCAUCCAUCUACCUCCAACCCCCAGACCGCGAACUCUACCGCCAAAACCUCCAUACCAUCCGCUUCGUCGCAACAAUUAUCCACGAACUCCUCGGCCACGGCACUGGAAAGCUCCUUAGCGAAACAGCCCCCGGUAUCUUCAACUUUGACGCCACUAACCCGCCGAUUGACCCUUUGACGGGCCAAACGGUGGCCUCCUGCUACCGCCCCAACGAAACAUAUUGGAGCAUAUUCGAGGACAUUGCCAAUUCAGUUGAAGAGUGUAGGGCUAUACUCAUGUCAGCGUACCUCAUCGAUAACAAAGACGUUCUCGCGAUCUUCGGAUACGACGAGAAUAGUGCGCUAACGGCUGACAAUCUGGUCUACCUUUCGUACCUGCACCUCGGUGUCGAAGGUCUCCGUUCGCUCGAACACUACAACCCCGAUGACAAGAAGUGGACUCAAGCGCAUAGCCAAGGUUACUUCGCUAUCUUCAAACACCUCCUCACCGAAGGCGACGCCGUUCUCACCGUCCAUCACAAUGCUAACACAUCCGCCCUCUACGUUACCAUCGACAGUACCAAGAUCAUUUCCCACGGCAAACCCGCGCUGGGUCGCUUGAUGUGUGCCCUACAUAUCUGGCGGUGCACAGCGAAUGUCGGGGCGUGUCGACCGUUUUACGAGACGUUGACCAGUGUAGAAGGUGUAUAUGAGGAGUGGAGAAGCGUUGUGGCGACGAGGCCGGAGCGGAGGGCGAAGUUCGUGCAGGGAAACACGUUCCUAAAGAAGAAUGGAGAGAUGGAAUAUAGGGAGUACGAGGAGAGUGACGAGGGGAUCAUCAAGUCUUGGGCUGAGAGGGGGGUUCUAUGA